CGCUAUUUUUCCGUUGACGUGUUGAAGUUUUUUUCUUUAGUUAAGUUAUUUUAAUCAUUCUUUAUUCGUGGGAAUUUAGUGUAUUGAGUGCAUUCGUUAAUAUUAAAAUUUGUUAUAAGUGUCACGAGUUUUCUGACCAGUGGGUUCAAUAUGGCAAGACUUACUGCUCCGAAAGAACUCCUGGAAAAGCUGCUCUGCACUAAAUGUGAGGAGCUACUAUCGGUUUUCCCAGUAUACAUCAAAACCAACGGCAAAGACCCUAUUUGCGGACGAUGCAAAAUUUCCGAGGGCGAGUACAUACGCGAUGAGGCCUAUGAACGUUUGGCCCAAUUUCUAAUUUUUCCAUGUGCUCUAGAAUCGCGAGGUUGCCAAACCGCUUUAACGCCUUUAAAAAUGAAAGUUCACGAAAUCUGUUGUACUUACGAGACUUAUCAAUGUCCAUUCGCAAAUUUCACGUCUUGCAAAUGGUCGGGUUCCAACCCAGAUAUACCGGAUCAUUUGAACUCCAACCAUGAGGACGCUAUACUAGCUGAUGGUAAAUUUAGUAUCGAAUUUCAAGACAGCUUUCAAGGCAUUUAUCUGAUGUACGAUAAAGAGGAGAUGUUCAUUAUAAAAACUGACGUAGAUGCCAAAACUAAGACCUUUGUAGGUUCGGUAGAGCAUUUAUUAGUGAACGAAAUAUCUUUAAGGCAUUCAUACAUGUUACAAGUGGCAUCGAAGGAUUCGACACUUGUUUAUGAGUUUCCUCGACGAUCUACUGAUCAAGAUUCGCAAAAUGACACGAGAUUUACGUACGAUUUUAUAAAAAAGAAACUUGAGGCCUCUACGUCGUCUUUUGUGGUAACAGCUGUAAUCACUAGUGUCAAUGACAAUGACGAAAAUAUCAAACAGUGCGUUAAAAUCGAAAAAAUCAAGUUGGAUAUUAAUGAAGAUAUGCUACGUGAACUGGAGUGUCCUGUAUGCUACGAAUACAUGCUGCCUCCCAUUUAUCAGUGCAUCAAUGGGCAUAGCAUUUGUGAGUCUUGCAAAGACCGCCCCAUCAAGGUUUGCCCGAAAUGCACCGGACAAAUUCGGGACACCCGAAACUUCGCUUUGGAAAAAUUAACCGCCAAAAUUAACUACUCGUGCAAAUACCGAGAUCACGGUUGUACUGUCGUUCGAAAAUCCGAAAAUAUUAGGGAACACGAACGAUGCUGCGAGUACGGAUCCUACAAUUGUCCCUUAGCAGAAUGGGUGGACUGCGACAAGGUCGCAACUAGAACGGAAAUUAUGAAGCAUGUACGAGCCACUCAUGAUUCGUACAUCUUAAAAAGCGACAAAAUUGUUGUGCCCUUUGGUGGUGGUGGGGGUGGAGAUCAACCCCUCGAAGGUUCCCAUAUCAUUGCUUAUGCGAAUCGGCUAUUUGUGGUUUGCUACCAAUAUAAAACGGAAAAAUUCUAUUGGACCUUACAAUUGGUCGGGCCCAUCGAGGAGUGUCAACUGUACAGUUUGAAAGUCGAGGUUAUCGAUAAUUCGAAACAAAAACUGCAUCAUUCGGCCAAAGGUGUUUGCGUGCCUGUAACUAAGAAGGCGGACUAUUUUGCUAAAAGAGAAAAUUACAUUUUAUUUUAUUAUGAUCAGAUUUCUCAUUUGAUAUCGGAUGAGCGGCUGACCUUUAAGGUCAAGGUUCUUAAGUCCUUCUAAAUUUUUUUUUAUUCAGUGUGUUUAUUAGUUAAAUAUUUUAAGUUUGUUGUAUUCAGAUUGUGUUUUGUGUUCAGUUAUAGACCAUAAUGUAAUAAUUUCAUCCUGAUAUUUUAUAUUCCUUAUUAAACAAAUCUGUCUAUUUUUUUAUCUUUUAAUGAAUAUUUGUUUUUUUUUGUGUUUAUAACUAAUUAAAUAUGUUUUGAAUUAA